GUGAGAAGGGACAUGGCUUGGGCACCGCGCAUGGCCAAGCGCCAUGGCCCGAACUGCACGCGACGUCCUCGGACGAAACGCAGCGCGACGUCUCUUUGAUAGAGCAGGGUGGUGUCGAGGUUGCGUCCUGGCAGCGAUAUCAGGCCAAUAUGCCGUACGUGCAGAUUGCGGGUGUCCCAGUGAUCCCGGAGGCUUUGGAGAUGGCGAACCAGGGGCACCCGACAGAGUACAUUAUGGAGUUUCUCGCGUAUCGCCGCGGCGAUCCCACUGAAGAGCGCACCCGGCGCAUCGACGCUCGCUACGAAGAAGAGCUGGAGCUGGGACUCCUGUGGCGCGCGGCAGACACACUGCUGCAUUGCCGCGUCCCGAAAGGACCGAUGUCAGACUGGUAUAGGCAUAUAGGCGUUCUAGUCUAUGCCCAGCCAGGUGAGCGGCGCGUCCUGGCCGCCGUAAGGGCCACCGAUGUGGCGACAUUUACGCUGGCCAAGGAUGCCGAUCUCAGCAAUACCGGCCGGCGACGAUCGCCCCGGCCGGAGCUGCUGCAAAAGGCCCACAGGUUCACCAAGUGGGCGAAGGAGCGGCUCAUCCUGGCGGUCGCCGAAGUGGACGUCGUCCAGCAUAUCGUUCGCCACUCAGCAUACGAGUCACAUGUAGCCUCUCGCCAUUUACAUGCCCGUCAGGAGAUAGUGGUAAGCGAGCUCGACGUGCAGUGGGCGAAGAGCGUUCGGUCCAAGUGGACCGUUCGCUUGCCGGACCAUCGCCCCGAGCUGCAAGCGGCGGCCCCGGCGCUUCUCGCCACGCCAGCACUUCCAGCUGCACGGCUUCCUCAGGUCCUGGCAGCUGUGUGA